CAGGAUAUGUCAAGUCAUAUUGUCGGGUCUGUGACGGUUCUAGCUGUACGAGCUGACUAUUGACCGGUUCGCCUGACGUAGCAUCUGACACCCGACGUAACAACUGCAAUUGGUCGCUACCACGCAACGCUCAACAACCAAUGUUACACUUUACAUGCAUCAUCGUUGCAAUGACUACUAUUGAUGUAGCCCAAUAUUGGACGCCUUUUAUACGGGAAACAGGAUAAGAACUAGACAAGGGAAGAAAGUUGGUCAGAGCUAGAUUGCUUUAUCCGGUACAUAUUGCCUGCGAAAAGGGUAUCCUAGGAGCGUCCCACUAUACUCUGUAGACAUUCUUCUUCAACAUCACUACGCCAUUGAGUUUGUUCUGGUUUCUAAAAUCCUCCUAUAGCCUCUAGACUGCCCGAUUAUUACCCCUAUCUAUCAUGAAGACUAUCAUCGCAGCUACACUGCUGUUCCACAUUACGCCCGCCCUGUCUUCCGUCGUCUUUCUCCUCUCCAGCGAGACAAAUGGUCAAGGCCUAUCCAAAUCUUGGGUCGUAGAUCGCUGGAAGUGCCAGAACCUUGGCGCUGACAUUGACAAGCAAGCAAGCUGGGCUUUUGUCGCUUCUGGUCUUGCAAAUGGUUGUUUCUUAUACGAGGAUGUGAAUUGUAUCGGACGAAAUCUGUACGUCGAGAAGAAUAAUUCGAACAUUCUCGGUCCAGGACCUGUAAAUCUCACGGAUUACGACUUUGAUGAUGUGGCGAGCUCCUUUUCAUGCGUUUAA